AUGUUAUUACUUGAUUUAUUAGAAAAAUACAGUGGAUAUAAUCACAAAAGGUGAACGAGCCAAUCAGAGAGCGCCUUCUCACAAGACCCAUUCUUCCAGACGAUUGCCUUGUUUCGCUUCAUUUUAAUCGCGAAAUUGGUAAGAUUAGUGGCUUGUGAAGGCGAUCAUGCGAUGAGAGCUGUUGUUAGUUGUUAUAAGUACCAUCUUGACCUCAAGCGCGACACAAGUAUACUAGAAGUGUUUGUCCGAGUAUCUACAAUCAAAGCUACUUGAAAAGUGCUAACAAGUCGGCGGGCGGAGAAGUGGACCCGCUUGUUCGACGUUUUCGGGUGCAAUCUUCAAGCGCCCUCCUUAGAUUGACAGAUACAAGCCAUUAAGCAAUCACACGAGUCUGUACAUCUCAGAGCUUUUCACCGAGACGUGUUUUUUGGAGCCGCGUUUGGACAAACGGCAAACAAAAAAACGAUGAUUGCACGCGUCUGCCUUCUGUCUUUUGUCUCCUUAAUCGUUCUCGCUGCGAUCGACGGGCAAAGAAGAACGAGGUGGGUAUGAGUAUUGUUUCUCGUUUGUUUCAAUGUGUGAAACUUUCACCAUGAAGCGAGAAGUGGUCGUUGAAAAUUGAUGCUUCGAUGGCGCGUGUCGUCCAAGAGCUUGUGUAUAUGCGCUUUCACUCGACCUGCGCGUGCAACGAACAUAAUUCACUACACACAGUCUAAGCAUUCGGCACCUGGAGUUAAAAGUUGUAUCUUUAUCUCUGCAGGCAAAUAAACGAGGACGCCAAUAGGUUUUGCUCGUGGCUCAAGGGUAACAAACUGAGAAACUGUCUAUCUCACCCGUUGUUAGGGCUGAGCGCUCGGGAAGGUGUCGAGGAAGCCCUAAAGGAGUGUAGAAGUCAUUUUACUGAUCGUCGAUGGAAUUGCUCGGGAGUCACCAUCGCUGAUGUUUUUCAAAACGAAAGAAUGCUCAAGGCUGGUGAGUAGCGAAUUCACGUACACAUGAUCUAAAGUUAAUUUCCUUUUCUUCAUUCAACACACAUCUCGAGACAAACCCUCCCUCCCUCCUUCGUUUUCCGCUCUGCGACCUACCGCUGUUGUAUAAGGUUAUCAUGAAUUUUGUGAGCUCAGAUUUUCCUUUUACCCCCAAUUUAAGCCUAUGACAGAAAUUAUUCACCCGGCUUUCCUUCAAGGAGGCUUUGAAAGUUAUUUGCUUCGGGUAGUACGUGAUUCUAUCGCAGCGGCACCAACUGGAAGGCACAUGUGUUUUUCCCUUUACGCGGAGAACAAUGUAAGGAAAUAUUUUGUUUCAGAAAUCCGCUUUAAUUCACCUUCAGAGAAUUGUAACUGGCCGUGUCUUUCAUGUCAAAUUCUAGUCUGGAAUAGCUACAACAGAAACUAAAGUUACGUUGCGUGGCAUUGCCAUCUUACCCUCAGGCGCUCAACUGGGACUCGCGUUCCUUGACGCAGAUCUCUCAGUGUGAACAUUUUUGAACCGUAGGUAGCCCUUUGAGCAGUUUUAUCGGCUUUAUUCAGUUUUCAGAAAGCCCAGCACGCGCUUCGAGACCUCUGAGUUGCAAGCUAGCCUUUCAACAACAAGUUUUGUGCAGGCGACUUGUUGACGCAGAUCCUUUGCUUACUGCUGAAAGAUCGUGUCUCAGGGUAUUUUUUUUUAGUCUUCGGUGUUCACCCUUGCCAAGCCACAACGUUGUUACACGCUUAAAACGAGUCUAACGGGCUUACAAAUGUCUCGAAAAUUUGCAUCAUGCCAAAGGUUUAUCCGAUAGUCAAACACGUCCAUUUUUGACACUAGCUUUCGUUUCAACCCGUUGUCUUGGGUACAGUUUUCGCGCAAUUUCGCGCAGAAAAUUGCUUCUUCUCAACGCAUACCUAGGAUAGAUUUGGCUCUCUUUGUUGUCAGCAUAAACGAAGUUCAUUCCUGGAUUUGGCGGCCUUUGCUAGAUAAAUAUGACUUAAGACAUGACCACUGUUUUCUUUGAAAGUUACACCAAGGUUUUUACAAGGCCACCACUAGAAAACGCGUUUUUGAUGACUUCCUAUAUGAUAAACGGCUGUUGGAAGUGUAAGCGCCGAGUAAGUCUCGUAGAAGACUCGUGCGCCAUCUUUCCCCUGUUAACCACCUUAUCUUGGCUGGCGCAGACGUUGAAAUAUGUAUUUGAAUGUGUACAUAGUGUAGAUAACUUAAUGCUACUCAUGGUUUGCUGUGACAAGAAGUGUCAGUAUGUUUGCAGCGUUCGUUGUAUCGCUAAUCCUUGGGAUCGUUUCAAGCUCCCUAUCAUAAUGGCUUUCUUUCAUUAGAGUAAUCGAAUAUCAGCGUAACUCUAGCUUUUUAAUUUUCCGGUCCUUUCAACAAUUAGCUAUGAAAAAGGCGAAGAAAUUUUCAAAACAAACAUAUUAGGAAUGAAAAACACAAUAGUUGAAGUACACUCUCUUUCACUUGCACCCAUUCGUGGACGCGCCUUCGCGACAUUCGCGCGAGUAGAAGAAAAUUAAUUUCCGUUUUACUAUAAUCGGUCAUUAUGAGAGGUCCUUGAGUCGUGUUUAAAGCGAAUACCCACAAGAACGUAGGCAUUCGUUUCGUAGGAAAGGAUUAGAUAGCGGAAUGACCCAAAAAGUUAGUCAGCAUGUGCGUCACUUUGUUCCUCGUUUCCUGUGCAGUGUGGAAUUCACCACAACAAAAACUUAAUUGACACCAUACAAAUUAGUCUGACUGGCUUUUGCCUUUGUAAACAUCCUAACACGAAAUUCGUUUCCUUUUGAGCUUUUCAUGAAGAAAUUAGGAGCCAGCGUGUCUAUUGUUUUCAUCAGAUUGGAGCGUUGUUAUCGUGAAUCACAGCAAGAUUUUGGACAUGAUGUUUCCCUCCGUCAAUACCACUAGAACACUUAAUCUUUUGCCACCCCAAAAAUGAUCGAUCAACCUUUUUACCUCUUGGGUCAACACACUUCUGACAGCCUUUUCUAAAAGGAGCACCAUAAUCCUGAAAGAGAUUUAUUCCCGCAAACUUAUCAUUAAUCUAUUGACAAAUAAUUGCUUUCCUUUCUCUAUUAUAGUCUUUAUAACCCUCCAGGCAAUUAGCUCGGCUCUUUUCAUUGCCUUUGUCCCUGUAUGAAAUUGUCGUUCUCGAAAAUUACCCAACGAGAAAAUGGGAAAUAAAAAACAAGACAAAACUACAGGCGGCAAUUAUAAAGAAAGAGCGUAAUUGAAGGUCGUUAAAACUAUCACAACUUCAAACAACGUUUUGUAAUUUUUCUUUAAACAAUGCCUUUGUCAGAACGGGACAUUUGGCGUUUGCCUUUCGUUGUUUUGGAAGUAUAAGAUUUGAAUUCUUUGGUCUUCCUGCAAUAAAAGCCUUGACGUGAUCUCUACCAAAACAACCUGAGGGCAGCAGUUUUGUACUUAUCUAAACAUUUUAAAUCUUUGAGGUGCUGAUUGCACCGUGUGUUUGUUCAAAAAUCGGAAAAUGUUUAUUUUGUUUAUUCAAUGUACUUGGUACUGAGGUAAACCAUUGGAUGGGAAGUAUACAGUUAUUCCAUCUAUCAGUUUUCGUGCCUACAUGCGUUCUUUUCCAUAGAGAAAUUCGUUCCCUAUAGACGUAAACAUCUUUCUCCUCUCCCUUCAAAAUCAAUGCAAUUUCAAGCAAAUAUCAAGAGCGAAAACAAUUCAGUUAAUGAUCAGAUGUCACUCUAGUCAGAGAGACAUUUCUGAAAACUUAAAUGUGAAAAUAAAUGUGCCAUUCAAUAAAGAAAGUCCAUUACAUGCGCGGUUUAUGUUUCAAACCACAUAUUGGUCGCUUGCCUCUUUAUGGUAAAUCAAGACGUCAUUUUCAGAUUAGAUCCUACUGUGUAUAAGGGUAAUGAUAAUACGAUACAUUUAGAUACAAAUGCAAUGGAAUCAAAGGAAAUAGCAAAUGACGUUCCUUGGGCUUAACAACAGCCACGAAAAAGAUGUAAACGAGCUCAUCAUCACGUUGGAGCGUUUAACCUUUCGCUUCCUUGAUGAACGUAAAGUCAUGAAAUCUUUCAUUGACCUUCGACUCUGUAGAGUAAGGAGAACCAACGGAGAAGGCUUGUUUUUGUAGUUUUGCAUGGUGCUGUUAGACUAGCCGCACAGAUGGUUCUAACAUUUGGGUGUGUGGUUAAAACCCUACGUUGUGAUCCCUUGACGAAAGCUCAUGAGCGGUACUUUCCCUUGGUUGUUUAUCUUUGACUUUCUGCUAGAUGGUUUUAAUGGUUUUUAGACUGUGGAUUGAAUCCCGGAGCGUACAUGCAAGUGAAAACUUUAUCAGCAAUACCUUCUUGUGGUAGUCACUCACUCACACGCGCCUCCUCUUCAUUUCCAUUGAGUCAUGGGGCCUCUGCUAGUGUCCUGUUUUUCUUUGCCAAAGAUUUAAGCAGCACAUGGCUUUUUACAAAACAGGGCUGUUAUAACCCUGCUGUACCUAGUCUGGCCCUAUCCAGUAGACCACCCCUGCCGCCGCCCCUGUUGAAUGUACCAGGAAUGUAACGAGCUCCCGACGAUAAAGUUCGAGGGUAUAAAGAUACGCCAGGCUUCCAGCCACUUCAAGGCACAGUAGCAAUGAGAGAGUGUAUAGGGUGCAACUAUUCAAAUGAAAACCACUAUGAAACUUAUCAUUAGCUGUAUUUCCUUGUAUCCUUUGGUUUAUUAAGCUGCACUAGAGGGUUCUCACUGUUGAAUCUGUGGAUAAAAUCCUAAAGGGUGAUCGUUCCAAACAUGAAACCUACUGAAUUGUACCCUUCUGUUGUGCUAUUUAUCAUGUUCUUUAACAAUUGUGAAGUUACGGAUAGUAUGCUAAAAUGACUUGUGAUUCUUCACUAUUUCACGAAAUUGAGCACGAACAAAUUUAAAGUUAAUAUACCUGUUGUUUUUUCUUCAUUACUGAUGCAUGGUUUCAAGACCCAAGAUAACCACUAGAAUUCAUAAGAUUUUGCCCUCCAGCUAUGCGGGCUCCCCUUUGUACGUUAUCUGUCCUCCAUUCUUUAACAAAAUUAAUUCUUUUUAUUUUACUGAGCAGAGGAUUAAGAUUGUUGCAUCAUAGCUAAAUUGUCUGUUGUAUCUUUUAUGAUUUCCGGUCUGGUAUUCAACGUACUUUGACGUCAGUGCUUACGUUAUUUUAAUUCAUUAACGACGAUUAUGUCUCACAGUAACAGGUUAAUUUCUAGCCAUUUUCUAAAGUUGUGAUUAAGUUCGUUCCUGAUCAAAUGUGACAUGUUUUAGCACUUGAAAGCCGAAGAUUGUAAACUGAUAUAAAGACCAUUAAUUCUGGCUUAAUUUGUUCAUUGUUCGCCUGUUUUUUUGCACGCGUGAGUACGAAACAAAGAGGCCCGCGUUUUACUCUUGCGACUUGUAGACGCCGCCCAUUUUUUUCUCUUUAAAGAAGACGAACAUAAGCAGAUGCAAAGACCUUUACGUAGCCGCAAAAAUAUUUUCUAACUACGACAUCGAAGGAGGUAAAUAGCCUUAUUGGAAAGGGCCUGACAAUUAAGAACCAUUUUUAUUUUUAUUUUUAUGAUUAAGUUACUCCGCAGCAAAGAACCCCCCAGCACCUUCAAUCAGUAAGGAUUUGAUUUACCACCAAAGUAGAAACACAUUUUCCAACAUAAGGGCAGUGCGACAAGAAAGUACGGCUCCCCAGUAGCUUUUAUGUUUUCCAUUUCCAAACUUGAACCUCCUACAACAUAAUUAACAAAACCAUAGAAAAAUACCACCACACAGCUAUUUUCGUUUGAAUGAUCACUGAUAAUUUAAGGCUUAGGGCCUGUUUACAUGGAGUGGGGGACCCCUGUCUAGUGGGGUAAGUUUCUUUUGUUUUCACGCUCUGGGGGACACAAAACAAAAGAAACUUACCCCACUAGACCGGGGUCCCCCACUCCAUGUAAACAGAGUCUUAAUUGAUCACCUCGCCUAUGAGUAUGUUUACGUCACACUUAAGAUGCCAUUCGAACACCGCAGCGAUGGAACAUCGACAUUACAAAGACUUUAUCGCACAUCACAAAAUUAGAACCUCACUUUUUAAUAACAAAACGUUUUUAAGAAUGCGGAACAUCCUGUGCUGGUUUAUAGAGGUGUAUCAUUGACGUUUUUCCUUUAUUGUGAAGAUAAGGAAAUUCUGGAAGAGGAAAGGUGCUAGAAUUUUCACUAUUUACGGUCUAGACAUGCAGGAAUAAAAAAGCAUCAUUGGCUUAACAUAGUGUUCCAAGAUAAUUGAUUGUUUUUUAAACUUUUCUACGUGUGUGGAAUCAGGAAAGUAAAAUUUAAGAGUUUACCACAAUCAUUUUCCGCCUGGCCUACAUAGAAAUAUAAUAAGAAUGUUGGCCUUCGGGCAAAGUUUUUUUGAUCAUUUAUUUUGAAACGAGUAGUGCAAAAAAUUCUGAAGAGGUUACAUCUGAAAAAUAUGUUGUGGCUUAAAAGCGAAAUUUUCUUAGCUCAUUGUCUGAAAGGGCAAAAAUCUGCGGACUAUUUUCAUUCCUUAGUGAAGGGGGUGAAUUCAACCCAGAAUCGGGAAAUGACCCAAACACCCUCAACUCAUUCCUUCAUUUCAUGGCAAGGUAAACGCUAUAGUGGAAAAUGCAUAGUUAUCAUCAGCUCGUGCUACAUCCUGAUAUUCGUUUAGUUGGCAAAGCUGUCUAAAAUUAGUCAAUGUAGUGAGUGAACGUUUUCCAUUGGAUAGCACUUUCCACCUUUUGAGCAAGCCGAAUAUUUAUUGAGAUUGUUGCACUGAUUUUUUUCGGAGGUAAAAAAUUCUUAAAGAAAUUACGCUCAUUAUUUUUCUUAGACAAGGUCAGGCGAAAUCGCCAGAACUGUCUCUCGCCUAAUUGUAAAGACGCCUGUAUUACCUGUAAUGUUACAGUGAAUGGCGUUCACAUAAAAAAAGAUGUGAACGUGAUUAAUUUAAGCAGACAAGACGGAGACAAACAAUAGCAUCAUGAGCAUGAUAACAGAUUGUUUUCAUUAAGUUGAAAUUGAUUGCAUCUUAUCUUCUGUGUCGUUUACGAAAGGGACGAGAGAAGACGUGAAAGAAAAAGAGUUGAAAUUUGCGUUCCUUAAAUAGGUUACCACGCAAAAGGCGUACGAGGUAUUUAAAAAUGGCCAUCGCAUCAACCUGACAGGUUGUUAGACGUGUUCCUCCCCAUUCCGAAAUUAUGAAAUGCUUAAAGAAGGGGUCAAUAUUUCACGUUUCUGAUCAUGGUCUCGAGGUAGUGUGUCACUAUGCCAUGCUGUGCCGCUCUGAUUACCAAUUUCCCGCCAUUUGCCUCGAUCUUUGCGCUCUCAAGCUGCCACGUUCCCGCCAUUACUUUGAAGCAACAAUUUGAGUUGAUUUUCAAACCAUCUUGUCCCACUGGUGGCUAGAUAGAAGCGAGGUGAAAGACCGAAAAAAAAAAAACCGAAGCCAUUUCCAGCGAACUGAGCGUAUAUGUUGUACAGUAGUUCAAUUUUAUCCUUGGUUUAAAUUUCAUUUUCCCUUGUUCUGGGGUAUGGUAAUGUAUGAUAAUGAGGUUAAAACAGAGGAAAAUAAAUUUUAAACCAAGGAUUAAAUUGAGCCACAGCAUAUACAUAUACUGUAAAUUUGCCUCUUCUUUCUCUCCUUCAGAUAACAGGGAGAGCUCAUACCUACAAGCCGUUUCUUCAGCUGGAGUGGCUCAUCAAAUAACAAGGGACUGUAGUAAAGGAACCAGAGAAGAGUGUGGCUGCGACAAUCGCCCCCAGGGAAGGGGGACAGCCCCGGGAGAAUUAAGCUGGGAGUGGGGAGGCUGCUCUGAUGACUUCCGUUAUGGCAUUCAGUUCUCCAAAGAUUUCAUGGACCCGAGCAGGAGUUCGGAGAAAAGUUUAUCAUAUUACGUGAGACGCCAUAAUAACGAUGCCGGAAGGAGGGUACGUUUUGUAAUAUGCUUUUUCAGUUUGGAUCUAAAGGGGCUAUAAGGACAUGAGGACAUUGCUGUUUUAGGUCAAUUAUGUUCUAAAGUCGUUCCUCAUUGCCUUUACACAUACGUUAACAACUACUGAAGACUAGUGAAGGAGAUAUUAAACAGAUUUCAUUGGAGAGUAAUAACUAUGAUACGUUAUUUGGUGAUUUUUGCAACGCAUUAAAAAUUGAAAAAGUUGGCCCAAAUUCCCAUCCAUGUCCAUCCUUGCCAUCUAUUGCAACAGACGAUAGGAAACAGUGUCAAUGCUUAAUAAUAUUGUAGCCUUGAAUAACAAAACUGGACCAUUGUUUUUGGAAUUAAAUGGUGCAAAGACACAUUUUAGCUUUUUGAAAAGGUAGAAAAACAGCGUGAAAUAGCCCCUUUUAGCUCCGUUGCAGCUGUGUGAGUCACAGUCUCGGAAAUUCUACUAAAUCGGAGCAUGUGUCCUCCCGUUUAGCAACCUUUACCUGCAUGCUUAAAGCUCCUGCUCUCGAAUGAAAACAGCGUGUGCGUUUCGGUUUCUACACGUGGUCGGAAUUUCAGGUGACAAACGCACAUAGGAAAGGUAUUAAUCACUCAGGUUCUCUCAAAUAUAUAACCUCAAAUAGUUUUUCUUAGUAGACAAGAUUAAAUGCACAGUUAGUACUUAAAGGAUUUACCACCAUUGAAUCUGGAUAUUCAGAGAGUUUUAGUUUUCGUCUAGACCUCGAGCAACUGAAAACUUUCACUCAGGAAAUAGCAAAAUUCCAGUCUUGAAUACUUUUUAGUGUCAGCCAAAGCUGCCAAUAUUUAAAGUUGAUACGAAUUUUAUCACAUACGCUAGCAUGUCAUAAGGAUGUUUUUAAAUUUUAUUGCUGAGCAUUUCCCCUUCGGCGGCAAAGUUAAACGCCCACGAAAUCGGCCCGUUUGACCUUUGCGGUAACAGACGAUGCCCACUAAUGUUAACUGCUUCCCGCUCUCAUUAAUUCCUUAGUGUUAGAACUCACGGACAGUUAUGAAUCUGGGUUUAACUAGUAAAGCUGUUAAGAGGCUAAUAUUUUGGUUGAUCAGGCCUAUGGAUUUCAAGUCCCUGGAUCCGAAAUUCGAAGAUACAUUAUGGCGGUUCUUGUAGGUCAAGGUUUUGAGACUGCGAUAUCUCGACAGAGAACUUAUUUCUCAGAAUAAAGUAUUAUUUUUUUGGACUUUAAGCUCUUUUACAGGUAAAAACAUUACCUACCAAGAUUCUAAUAUUCUAAUCAUGUAAUCUGCAAAAGGCAUAGCCCAUCACAGCAGACUGGAUAUAUUUAACAAUUAUUCCUCGAGCCCGAAUAUUCUCUGAGUCAAUAGCCCAUGAGGCCGAAGGCCGAAUUAGCUAUUGACUCAGAGGCCAUGAGGGCGAGAGGAAUAAUUGUGUUGGUAAAAUCCAACUAGUUGGUCAAAAAUAUCGAGACAAAACAACUUUAGCUAGCAAAACGCGAUUCAGCCGCCAUAUUGUUUUGGUUUUCGAAGCCGGCGCUUUCGCUACUAGUGGGCUAUAACGUAUAGCCUAGUAGUAGCUCAACCAAUCAGAACGCAGCAUUGAUAAUAGACCACUAGUUGGAUUUUACUAACAUGAGAUAUAUCGGAGAUAUGGAAGAUUUGGGGCGAAAAUCAGUGUUAAGUCGAUUAUUUCUAUCAAACACUACCCUUGCCUUUUGUAUAUGAACCCUUUCCUCGGAAGUGGCCAAAGUCAAAAUCUGCCAAUUUCAUUUUGUGAAAAGCUCAAAAACAAAUAGAACUAUAUGAAACUACUGCCAAAGAGGUCUCAUUUGAAUGGUAACACCGUAGGAUUUCGUGCACAGACUCAAAAGUUAGAAAUACUGCUGAAGAGGUUUCAUUUGAAUGGUAACACCGUAGGAUUUCGUCCAGACUCAAACGUUAGAAAUACAUACUAAAUAAAUAGUACCAUGUGAAAGCACUGCCGAAGAGGUCUCAUUUGGAUGGUUACCCCAUAGUAUUUCGUCCACAGACUCAAAAGUUAAAACUACAUACUAAAUAAAUAGUGCCGUGUGAAAGUACUGCUGAAGAGGUCUCAUUUAAAUGGUCACACCUUAGGAAAUCGUCUGUAGACUUAAACGUUAGAACUACAAACUAAAUAAAAAGUCCCAUAUGAACCUACAGCUGAAUAGGUCUCAUUUGAAUUGUCACACCGUAGGAUUUCGUCCACAAACUCAAAAUUCAGAACCGCCUUACAAGACUCCUCAUUAUGGAAUGGGAGUUAAGAGUUAACCACUCUUAAAUAUGGGGUAAGGAGUGUUGAAAAAGUAGGGAAAUCACCACAAGACUCCACUACAAUACUUAGAGCGGCAAACUCUGAUUUAGCGAGCAAAUAUUUUCUACCGGCUUAUUGUGACACAUCUGUGACCUCUUGAGUAUAUGCGAGGGAAUCACCACAGGCGUUAAAAUCCGGAUUUUAAGGCAUUUGAGGUCACUCCUCAAGUGUUAAGUGCUUUAAAACGUGUUUGUUGCUUGCGAUUCCAGGGCGUUUUCUUUAAACAGGACAUGUGGAUUUUUCUAUGUGGCCACGUCUUCCAGUUCUAUUUCCUACGCAAAGCAUUUCCGUGUUUUCCUCGUCUAGUGUUAAGUUAUUGCCGCUUUUGCUCAGUAAAAGCCUGAGUCGACUCGUGACCACUCGCGAAUGUGGCUGAGGUUCCGAUCUACCACGAAGUAUUUAGCGAAAAAUAGAAACAAUGCCUUUGUACUUGCCGAAAGUGUCCUGUCUGUGGUUUGUCGCUUUUUACUGCUGUUGAUAUUGAGUUGACGUCCUACAUGCCUCUGGCAUCAUUAUCCCUCACGAACUGCUUCGCUUUUUGUUUUUCAUGGCUAGAAAUUUUGGCCUAUCAUCUUGAAGCCCGAUGCUGAUCGAAUAUUGGACAGAUUUCGCGAAAAAAUCUUUCCCAAUCUAUUCAUCAACUUUCGCAAACGUGCUCGCUAAAUCCGCAUUUGUCAUCUACCUCCUUUGCCUACUUAUUUCCAUUUUUUGGGCAUAGUCUAAAACCUGGACUGGACUUAGGACUGUGUAUUUGUAUUUUAAACCAAACUUGAAUUGGUUUUUGAGUACGAGAAAUGCUUUGAUUUUCUGACAAAUAAGCUUCCACAAAACCUCUUUAAACAAAAUUAGUUUUUCGCAUACAAAUUGUUUGCUUAGCCUUCUGGACAUUUAAUCGCGUUCUGUCCUAUAAAGCCUUCCUUUGUAAAUCUUUUAAUUAAAACCGUACUAUGUCUGUCAAUUAAUCUCAAAUAAUCUUCUUACAGCUAUAAUAGAAAAAAGGUGACAAACCAUCUUGGGUAAUUCGGCUUGAUAUUAAAAGCCUGAAAAAGCCCAUCAUGAUGAAACUGCGAUGACUAAGCUUGACAAAAUAUCGUGUUGUGGUUCAUUUUUGUUCGCGGGUCAGUUUAUAUUUUCCCUUUUUUUGUGCAGGGUCCCCAAUUGGAUUUUUCAAUCCCGUUAUCCUAACUUAAAAUGUCGCACUGAAUCCCGUAAUCCCGAUUGUUAUAUUCGGCAUCCCGCAUCCCGUGCGUACUUUCAAGACCAAAUCUCUCACCCCUUUUGGCUUUAAAAUUAAUUCCGAAUCCCGACCUUCUAAUGAGGAAAAUCUCCGGCAUCUCGCAAAAUCUAUGGGGGACCUUUUAUAGGGUAAUGUGUGAUCAUGAUAUAGAGGGGCUAAGUGGCGGUUUUCGUUAAUUACGAGCUGUUUAUCUUAAACCACUGGUAAGUCUUUUAUUUUCAGUCAAGGAAAGUAAAAACAUAGCCUGCGAAAACAUCGGUUUCUCCUCUCUCCUCGCCGCUGGGGACGGCUUGGGAGGAGGAACGCCAAACGUCCCCAGCGGCGGAGAGCGAGGAGAAACGGAUGUUUUUGCAGGCUAGUAAAAACACCACAACACAAAUUAAUACAAGAAGAUUUCGUACAGGGCGUACAGCGUUAACGAAACCCUCCAAUAGACACAAUUCUAACCGUUUAUUUCUAGUAAUUGUGAACUUUUGUUGUAUAUUUCAGGAAGGCUUUUAGCGAUUGGAAUCAAUGAAUUGAACAAAAGAAAUUGCAAAACAGUAAUAUAAACCUGAGAUAAAGUUUUUCAACAAGGUGUUGAGAUCUAUCCUGUAACAAGAGUUGUUAGUUCUUGCUCAUAAUCCUGGCUGAUUUUGAUCUUAAGUACUCCAUAUUAACGAUAAAAACUUUCCUAUUAUCAUUCAUUGGUAUAAAAAUUUCGUAAUACGAUAAUUUUCAAUGAAUGUUAUUAUUUCAGGAAACCGGCGUGAAGGACUUCUGAAAGUGUACUCUGCAAUACCCUUUUUAAAUUCCUCGAAAGAUUUUUGAAGUUAGCUGAUGGCAACAUUUGUAGAAAUAUCUUAGGUUAACAUAUUGAUUUGUAAUCACGUGUUGAUUCGGGCGCAUGAAAGUGUGUUCCUAACUGAUUCUCGUUUCCUAGGGAAAAGAGAAAAUACUCCACUUUCCAUUGCGUAAUAUAAGAUGUUUAGCGUAACCCCUUCCAAAGCAUUGUUUUCGCUUUGUCUUGGGAUGACCGUAAUACCCAGGCGAAACUGAAAAUAUUACUUUUGCAAACUUUUGGUGGGUAGUGUAUUAUCCUGAUGGGAAGCAGUGGAUACCAGACAACGAUCUCGCCAUUGACAAAUUUUAUAUUCUGAUAAUAUGAUUUUGAAAGCUGUGAUUGAUUAACUGGCGCUCCCAUUUACACGAAUUUUCACCUUGUGGCUUUCAGACGCCUGAUCGGCCCUUUGCGUGGGCUUUAAACUGCGAAUUGUGUGGCUUCCGACGACAAAAUUCGAAACAAAUUGGAACAAAAAGCGACCUUAACCACAAAAUCCGUUCGCGGCUGUCUCGCGCGGGAACACGCCAUCCGCGCGGAAACGCGUCAUUGCGUGGUUCCCUGCUCUUCGCGUUAUUGAAACGCCCUGCUGAGACGUGAUCUUGUUUAUUAUUACAUAUUAUUAACUCACCCUUCCUUUUAGAAAUGAUUGGUUCAGCGUGCGUUGCGGACGGAUUCUUUGUGUCUUUUUAACUGGUUUUAUGGGUUUUCUCUCUUCAGUAGCCUGAUGUAAAAAUUCCUCAACUUUCCGGCCCCAGAAUAACAAACGGAAACGAUAAUUUUUCUCUCGCAGCUUCAAAGGAAAAAGCGCUUUUAUAUUAAUGAUAAGUGUUUAAUUCCGGAUGUUAUAUCAUUUAUUGUUACAGCAGGGAGUUUUCCUCACGAAAGAUAACGUUUGAUUAUCGAUAUUGAGACGUGUUUAAAAUUUUUGUCUAGCAAAAAAGUCAGAACCUUUCAGAAUGGCUUACCACUUAUUAAAAGAAAUAUUAAACCAAUAGUUGUAAUUUAUAUUAACCGCAAUUAGAAUGUAUGGUUGACUUGGAAAAUGAAACAGGAAAGUUCUAGAGCUUCAGUUUUCUCUCUUUUUGCUUGCCUUUUAAUUAACUUUUUGUUUCAAAUUCUUACUUUUUUUACCCCUAAAUUAUCACUUCUAAACAUAAAAUGGUGGGUAUCAUUGUCAACUGAAAAGCCAAUAGAUCAUAAGCUACAGUCUUUGGCUCUUUUUAGGAAAAGUACAUAUAUUUGAUUGUGUCACGAAAAUCAUAUCUUGUGAUAAAUUGCAACGAAAUGAAAUAACGAGUUUUCAAUCUACUUUACUUUGCCACUCUUUGGAAUCUUUUUCAGUAAAACGAACUUGUGUGAAAUUUUCAGAUUGUAAAAGUUAUUGAGUAAUUUUAAUGAGUAAGCUAAUCUGCCUUAUGGUUGAGAUGCGCACUAUUGUAGGUGAGAAUAAGAUUAGCAUUUUUAAUCUGCGGCUGUAAAUAUGUCAGAAAGGAAAUCACAGGGUGCCAAACACACCAAGAAACUUUCUUUUUUAAGACGGACAUUUUUCCUAGAAAGGACGCCUUGAGUUGUUCCAUGUUAGCCCGCGAGUAAUUUCUCCAUUUCCAAGCGACUCGCGGGAAAACACGCCAGUGAGCGGCAAAGCUCACGAUAUGCCCAUAUUAAGAAUUUGUUUGCAGGCUAGGUCCUUGUCUUCAGUCUUUUUCUUUCAUUCGCCAGAAGAAGGACACUUUCUGCCGGUUUUAACAGAUUCUGUCUUGAUUAGUUUUUAGAGAUAUCUUGUAAAAAAAAAAAACAGCUGGCCGAACACUCGGUUAAAUAAAUCAAAGAAGAAAAUAAAGUUGUUAGUAAUGCAAGUGCUUAUUUGUGGAGCAUCUAUCAUUUUGCAAGGAAGCUCUAACGCUGUAACUUUGAUUAAAGGGAGACAAUUCAAAACUUGUGAGGUAUUGUAUCUAUGAUGCCUGUCCUUCCUUAAGGUUUAUUCGGCGUUUUGCAGGAUGAGAUUUUAAAUCUAUGUUUGUCAUUCAUCAUAUCGCUAUGUCAUGUUAGGGUACGCCCAUUUAUAUUGGUUCCUCUUGCGUAUCGAUCUCUUUUUCUUUUUUUAUUAAAUUGUUUGUUUUUAUAUGAAUCUCAUCAGGGCUUCACAGUUGUUGUGGGUUUUUGUCGAACUUCAUUAACAUUUGCGCCCACGUCUGUUAGUUUAGUGUUCAAUUUUUUUUUGCUUGAGUCAGUUUUAAAAGUAUCGGUGUAUCCGAGGAAGGCAUUUCCUCUUAUUUUCUCAUAAAAUACGAGAUGUGCGUUUUCACUCUGCCAUUUACUAAUUCUGGAAGUAAGCUACAGUUUUUAGUUCCCUAUGGCUGUUGUGGUUUCUUUGAUAUAAAGAAAUUCAAUGUUUGGAAAUUUAAUUAAGAAGGAAUGAGCUGUAAAACAAUUACACAAAAUAGCUUUUUAGCCGCCUGCAGAGAACGAAUGAAUUGCUGUGUUAUGGUGGGUAGGUCUUGCAUGUCCAGCCUAAAUGUGUCUAGUUUUUCUAUGUUCAGUUGAGGUUUUUUUAUAAUAUAAUUGGCUUUUUCAACCCUGUUACGCUCAAUAAAACUUUCUUUGACGUGAGGAAAUUAAGUCCAAUAGGAUCGUGUCCGUGUGAAGAACCGUCUAUUAGAGCAGUAGCUCAAUACCUUUCAUUUGAUUUAUAGUUCUGUUCAUGAUUAAAUUUAGACUCGCAACAAUGAAACCACUUUGCUCAGUGAUUAAGCUUUAACUGCAAAAGAAGAAGAAAACUAGAAAGCAUUUGUGUGUUCUAUUCAUUGCACGAUAAUUAGUUUGUUUAUCUUUCUUUGCGAAGAGACCUUUCCCUUUCUGUCCACCAGAAAAACGUUUGAACCGUACAAUGCUUGGUUCAGUUCAGUUAUUGCAUUUCGUUUUCUUUUUACGCUCUGGUUUAUCACGCAGAGAUGCGCCUCAGGCUGUUGACGACAGUCAGCUCCACUAAACAAAUAUUGAAACAAAAUACUUUGUACUAUAUUGUCGCAAUCACAGGGUAUCUUGAGACGUUAAACUUUGUUAAACAAAAUGGUUUCAUUGGCAAGAUAUAGCUGGGGAAAAAACCAAUAUAGGGUUGGGAGCCUGAGAUCUGUCAAAGGCCAAAAAGACGCCGCUAAACUGCAGGAAAUAGAGAGAUUAAGAUUUACGUUUACACCAAACGGCAGACGUGAAUUUUUACCACGUGACCAAGUUUCCCCCUUAUUUUCCUUUUACUUUUUAUUGCUUCCAUGCAAAAAUAAUUAUGCCAGUUUUAACCACAGGAAUCGUUCGGUACUGUUUUUAUCUGCUUAUUUUCUAUUCUGAAAAAUUCUCAACUUGAGUCUGACGUUUGCCGUUUGCGGUAAAAGUGAAUCUUAAUCUCUCUACUAACAAAUUUUAUAGGUCGUCAACACAAAUGGAAAAAAUUAAAAGAAAUUUACUUUCAAAAGUGCUAUUAAUCUUUUUCUGUCAGCGAAGAUUUAGCAAGUAACAGCCGCAUGUUGGCAGUAGAUGAUUUGGGGUUAGGCCGGGAGUUGGAAGGAGGUGCAAACGUCUCAUGACCUCUAGUCGAUUCGCGCCAAAGUUGGGAUCAAUGGGAUACCUGUGGCAACAGGGCAAACGUACUACCAAGUUUUUGUCUUAAAAAAAGACUCCGUAAAAACCAGUAAAUUUGAAUAAUUAAAAACGCGUUAGAAAUCGACGCUGAAGGGUUGUGAGUUAGUUAUUAUAUUUAUUUGUUCUUGUAGAUAGGCUUAAAUUUUAUUUCUUUUCAUUUUUCAGGUUAUUAUAAGCAAAAUGGAUAAGACUUGUAAGUGCCAUGGCGUAUCUGGCUCCUGCACUGUCAAAGUUUGCUGGAGGACUAUGCCCAAGAUGAAAGCAAUUGCCACCGAACUUCGACGGAAAUACGAACACGCCAUAAAAGUCAAGCUUAACAGGAACAAAACCAAGCUCACGAGGCUCUCUCGCGGGCGAAGAGGGCGAAAGUCAAAUAAACGAAACUCGAACCGACGACCUUCAUCUUCAAGUCUUGUAUACGCCGAGGACUCUCCGGACUUUUGCAAACCGGACUCUAGAUAUGGAAUUCUUGGAACGCAUGGGCGGAGCUGUAACAAAACAUCGAGUGGUACUGCAGGUUGUAGUCAAAUGUGUUGUGGUCGGGGAUACAACACUGUCAAUAGAUUGGAUGACGUCAAAUGUAACUGUCAGUUUAUUUGGUGCUGUCAUGUAAAAUGUGAUUGGUGCAAAAAGGAAUGGGUCCAGCAUACUUGCAAAGGAGACUGAAAAACGCCAUCGUAGAAUUAAUCCAGAAUAAAUUAUCACACCACGUUGUACUUCAAGGUGACAAUCACGCAGAUUUGAAAGUAUUUAAUUUCUAGGGUUGAUUUUGUACUUCGUUUGGCUGUGUUGGACACGCCACUAGAUGGGACAGCUGAUGAUGUUUACAAGCAGUAACUUAUGGUGUACAGUCGCUUGUGUUCAGACACGAGAAUCCUGUUUUACUGUUCAUUCCUUUGAGGCAUCAGAUCUAGUGUAACCCAGCUACCGUGAUGCUAACAUCCUGGUUAUUGGGUACUAGAAAAUUGAGUGCUUUUCUCUAGUUGUAGAAGCAGUAGCGUGAUUGGCCUUCCUCCCCUCCCCUUCAAGUGUUAACGCCCCUCUUACACGCCUUCCCCCGAACUUUCUGUGAAGUAAGUUAAAUUCCGAGGGGGGAAGGAUGGGGUGACGAGAAAACGAUGUACGUUAGAUUAUAGAGACAGUGACUCCACAGCCGUGAAGUGGUUAGCUUAGCUGAACAAUGUAUAUAUUUAUUGCAACUGUUAAAAACAAGGAAAACAAUUAGUGAAUGGUGCACCUUCUCAGGAAUGACACUAAAACCACAUUUAUGGAAUUUUCGUACCUUGCUUGUGGACCUUUUAUUGUCAUUAUCAGAAUAUACUGACUUCUCCUUUCCUAUCCCGCCUUAAGCUUAGGCUUAAGAAGAAAUUAUUCGAAUAUCAAGAGUCUUGCAAGUUCAUUUUCUUAAUUUUAUAACCUUUUGAAUUAUCCAAAAAGUGAUAUUACAAGCAGAAAUUUGACGCUUAUGAGGACUUAGAUGUAAGCUACAGACAGGCGCCAGUUCGUAAAGAACAGAAGCGCUCAAUUGAAUUCGUCUAAGAGACUGGGAAAUUUCUUUACUUAAUGCCUGGCUAAACUGCAAAAUGUUGUUGCAGAAAUAGUGUUUCUUCUAAUCUGACUGAAAAAAAAAAAACUUGGGUCCAGGAAGCAAAAUUUGUAUCUUCAACAUUUGUUUCUCGCUCUACUAAAUUUAGAAACUUUGGAGCAGCGUCUCCUAGUUUUGCCAGGCCUUAAGACUCGUUGAUUAUUUGUUUCUGUUCCAUGACAAGAAAUAUCUGACUUGGCCUCUCACUUUGAGCGUCACUAGAGUUUAAGCUUCAUGUAUACGGCAAACUGACGUCAGAUUCAAGUUGAGAAUUUCUCAAAAUAGAAAAUGAGCAGAUAAAAACAGCUCAAAGCAAUUCUUAUAAAAAAUUGCGUGAAACUACUAAUUUAGGUGUAGAAAUAAUGAACAGGAAACGACAAGUAAAGAGGAAACUUAGUCACGAGGUACAAAUUCGCGUUUGCCGUAUGACGUAAACGUGAUGCUUAACCUCUACUGAAAGGGCCUUGACUCCGGUGUCUGGGUGUGUAUAAAAUUUCGCACCUUGUGGUAGUUCGCCAUUGGAGACAAGAUAAGGAAAGUGGACCGAGUUAACUUUCGCAAAGAUGUCUGGGAUUGUUAUUAGGGACAAGAAAAAAAAUAAGCCAAUAGCUGACAGGUGCGUCCCAUUGCCGAUCCCAGAAACCACUGCGAGACGCAUUUCGGUUUCAAUUCCCUUCUCGUUGCUGAUGUGGCGAGUUGCAACUAGAACAAAGCAAAUAACUGUUUGUUAUAUAUUUUUAUGCAUACAGAAUCUUCCUUAUUUAUAAAGAAUUGACACCUUAGUUAGAGGAGCAGUGUUUGAACACUUUGUAUUG